AACGGUCGACGGGGAACAGGCAGGGGAGUGGGGGGCAGGGGCCACACCAGUCGUCCGGCAGUUGCUGAGCCAGGAGGGGAACUCUGCAGGGCUGCCGGACCCAACUGCUCCUGGCGGCUGCACCCUGGCUCCCAGCAGCCAGAGGAGGGUGAGGCCCCAGCCCUUGAGGCUCCAGGCUGGCCGCAGAGCAAGCCAGACGACCUUCCUGUCCCCAGCACUGGCGCCUGCCCCCGCCCGCCACCGGCUGUGUCAGGGACAGGGCGACCCCUUCCCCUUCCACCCUGGAAAGCCCCUCAUGCUGAAGCCUCGGGGAGGGGGUCUGGGGCGUGACCCACAGCCCCCCACCCAUGGAGCGUCAGCUCCUUCUCAGGGUCUCUGGGCCCUAGGCACCAGGCGGUUCUUGGAGGUGGCGCAGGUGGGUAGGGGGCAGCAGAGGGGCAGCAGGGGCCGGGGUGGCCUAGGCCAAGGUCCCCACCCUGGCCUGUUGCCCUGGGCCUGGCUGCUUCCCAGCAGCCUGAGGUCUGGAGACAGAGGGUUGGGGGCGGGGAGUGGUGGUCGGGGCGGGGCGGGCGGGGCAGGAAGGCCGUGGCUCCCUAACCUUGCACAGAUGAGACACUGACUGCCCGGGCACCCGGCUGCUGUGCUGUGAUUUGAGAAUCUUAGACUUUGGGCGCAACAAAUGAGCCAUGCUGCUGGCCCCGGGGCGUGCCCCAGCACCCCAGCCUACAGUUACCAUCCUGGUCUGGCACUGGCCCUUCACAGCCCAGCCCCCGGAGCUGUCCCGAGACACCUGUGCUCCCUAUGGCCUGGCACAUUGCCACCUAAGCACCAACCGGAGCCUGCUGGCCAGCGCUGACGUUGUGGUCUUCCAUCACCGUGAGCUGGAGACACGAAGAAGCUACCUGCCCCUGGCGCAGCGGCCCCGUGGGCAGCCCUGGGUGUGGGCCUCCAUGGAGUCCCCCAGCCACACACACGGCCUCCACCGUCUGCGUGGCAUCUUCAACUGGGUGCUGAGCUACCGGCGAGACUCGGACAUCUUUGUGCCCUAUGGUCGCCUGGAGCCACGCCAGGGGCCCGCGCCACCUCUGCCCGCCAAGAACCGCCUGGCCGCCUGGGUGAUCAGCAACUUCCAUGAGCGGCAGCGGCGGGUGCAGCUGUACCGGCAGCUGGCGCCGCACCUGCGGGUGGACGUGUUCGGCCGUGCCAGCCGGCGGCCGCUCUGCCCCAGCUGCCUGCUGCCCACGCUGGCCCCUUACCACUUCUAUCUGGCCUUCGAGAACUCACAGCACCGUGACUACAUCACCGAGAAGUUUUGGCGCAAUGCACUGGCAGCUGGUGCCGUGCCCGUGGUCCUGGGGCCCCCGCGUGCCACCUAUGAGGCCUUCGUGCCCGGGGACGCCUUCAUUCAUGUGGACGACUUUGGCUCGGCCCUUGAGCUGGCCACCUUUCUGAUUGGCAUGAACGAGAGCCACUACCAGCGCUUCUUUGCUUGGCGGGGCCAGCUCCGCGUGCAGCUGCUUGCUGACUGGCGAGAGCGUUUCUGCGCCAUCUGUGCCCGUCUCCCCCACUUGCCCCGCGACCAGGUCUACGAGGACCUGGACGGCUGGUUCCGGGGCUGAGCCACCCACAGGUAGGCUGGGGCUGGAGCCAGGAAGCCGCAGAGGGUGGAAAGGGGGGAGCAGGUGUCUGCAGGGAGAGGCCGGACCCCAGGGAGCCAGUUCCCUCUUCCCCUGGAGCGAGAACUGAUUGAGUCCAGGCCUGGCCCACCCGGCGUGGAGGCAAGGCCCUCGGGGCUGGGGGACAGCCUGCCCAAGGUGGGUGGGGAGAACCCGGGACCAGCCCUAGAGGGCACACCUGCGUCAUGGGAAGCCACGGUCCACCACACAGGACGAGGGCCAGCAGCCAGAGAGGAAGGAAAGGGGCUCGAGUGGGGCCUGCGGCCGGAAGCUGGGCUCACCUGUCAGCUGUGUCCUCCCCUCUCCGCUGCAGCUUUGCGCCCUGCCUGGAUCCUGCUCACUGUCCACGCCCCUCAGACUACCCAGAGCCCUGGUGCCAGCCAGGUGCAGGGAGGGGGAGGCUCCCCGGGGGGCCAGGACAGGCCGACCCUAAGGUGGGUGCAGGAAGGGCAGGCUGGAAGGUGGCCCCUCAACCUGGGGCGCCUGCCCUCUGCCGGCCAGACGGUGAGGUGUUCCUCCUUGCCCUGCAGGGCCUCCUGGGCCUGGCAGACUGACCCGAG